GUUACUCGGACCAGGGAAGACCCCAAGCACCCAGUCGAGAACAGAGCAAUUGAAAAUGGCGGGUUCAACCGUUGCGCUAUCCGUUUUGUCUGCCAAUUCCACCCCCAAAUUUUGCUCUUCCAAACCCAAGCAACGUGGAUCCAGCGCUGGUUCUUCGCCUCAGAGAAGCCCUGCCUGGAUUACUUUCAGAUUUUUCGAGAAGAAUCGCUGUAGCAGAGGCUUUACGAGGCUGAAUGCCGCUGGACUGUCGGAGAUUGAGCCCGACCUCAACGAAGAUCCCAAAGACCGUUGGGCCACUAAUGGAGUCAGCGCUGAAGAAUUUGUCUAUGGAAAGUGGGACGAUCACCAUACUUACCACGAAGGUCAUGAAGAAGGAACAUUUUGGGGGCUAAUAGCAGAAGACUAUGCUGCAAUUGGACCCCCAACUGGUUUUCAAGGGCUUAUUUCUUGGCUAUUCCUCCCUGCAAUUGCAGCUGGGAUGUAUUUCCAUGCUCCGGGGGAGUACCUGUACAUUGGAGCUGCUUUGUUUACAGUAAUCUUCUGCAUUAUAGAGAUGGAUAAACCGAGCGAGCCCCACAACUUCGAACCCCAGAUAUACAAUAUGGAGAGGGGAGCUCGUGACAAGUUAAUUUCAGAUUACAACACCAUGGAUAUAUGGGAUUUCAAUGAAAAGUAUGGGGACCUGUGGGAUUUCACUGUGAAAAAGGAUGAUAUUUUGAAGAGAUAGGCGAUGUUUAUGCAAGAGGAUAAGCAUUUGAUGGUGGCAUAGUCAAAUAGGAAUGAAAG